AUGUUUAACUCGGUGAACCUCGGCAACUUCUGCUCGCAGGCGCGCAAGGAGCGCGGGGGCGGCGGCGGCGGCGGCGGAGACUUCGCGGAGCGGCCGGGCUGCGCCUCCAACCUUUACCUGCCCAGCUGCACCUACUACGUGCCCGAGUUCCCGGCCGUGCCGCCCUUCCCCGGCCGCCAGAUCUCCUACCCCUACCCCAACCUGCCCCGCGAGGUUCCCUACGCGCUGGAGCCCUCGGGGAAAUGGCACCCCCGCGGAAAUUACGCGCCCUGUUACUCCACCGAGGAGCUGAUGCACCGCGAGUGCCUCCCCGGCGAGGUGCUGCUCAAGAACGAGGGGUACCAUCAUCAUCAUCACCACCACCACCAGCACGGCCCCGCCGCCCCGCCCGCCCCCGGCUUCUACCCCGGCGUGGGGAAGAACUCGGUGCUGCCGCAGGGAUUCGAUCGAUUCUUCGAGAACUCCGCGUUCUGCGGCGCCGAGAGCGCGCCCGACAAAGGGGACGAGGGGAAAAGCGCGGAGGGCAACGCGCAGGAGGAGGAGGAGGAGGAGGAGGAGGAGGAGAACACGAACCCCGGCUCGGCCUCGGCGUCCUCCUCGUCGGGAGCCAAGGACGGCUCCAAGAGCGGCGCUCAGAGCGCUCCCAGGACGAGGAAGAAGCGCUGUCCCUACUCCAAGUUCCAGAUCCGGGAAUUGGAGCGGGAAUUUUUCUUCAACGUUUACAUCAACAAAGAGAAGCGGCUGCAGCUGUCGCGGAUGCUGAACCUGAGCGACCGCCAGGUCAAGAUCUGGUUCCAGAACCGCCGCAUGAAGGAGAAAAAGCUCAGCCGGGACCGACUCCAGUAUUUCUCGGGGAAUCCCUUGUUGUGA